AUGAAGAUUUUAAUUACUGGUAUAAAUGGAUUUGUUGGAUCGCACAUAGCCAAGGGUUUCCUCGACCUUCAUCACGACGUUGUUGGAACAGUCCGUUCAGCCGAUAAGGGGAAUGCUCUGCUAGAGCAACCUGCUUUCCGUGACGCCGCCCAGGCCAAAUCCUUAAGCUAUAUAGUUGUUGAAGAUCUUCCCACCUACAACUUUUCUCCUGUGUUGCGCGAUGUCGAUGCAAUUGCCCAUACCGCUAGUCCAUGUCACUACGAGGGGAAAAGCUUUGAUGAAUAUUGCACAAGAAAUUUACUUCUGGCGGCAAAAGAAUCACCUCAAGUUGAAGCUGUUGCCUUUACUUCUUCAAUUGGAGCUAUCAUGGAUUCCCAGACACCUGCGCUUGAACAGAGUGGGAAAAUUUACACCGAAGCUGACUGGUUUUCGGUUAGUCAUGAAGAGGCAACGUCUGAUACAAGAGAACUUUUUUGGUAUUCUGCCUCAAAGUCUUUAGCCGAAGAAGAAGCUUGGAAGAUACAAAAACUCCGAGGGAAACAAUGGAGUCUUGCCACUAUAUGUCCGCCGUCUAUAUACGGCCCAGUGAUCCACACUUCAAACCCGAAAGACAUGAACAUGACUUCUCGCAGGCUGUAUGAAAUUUUUUCCGGUCAAACAGACGAAAUAAUGAAGACAAAAUUUCCAGCUUUUGUGGAUGUUCGAGAUGUUGCAGAAGCACACAUACAAGCUAUUCUUCAAAAAGCUAACGACCGGUUCAUAGUUUCUGCUGGAUUAUAUGAUCAUCAAAUGGUUGCUGAUUUCUUACAUAAAGCAUUUCAUGAAGAGUCAAAGCCUGUCCCCAGAGGCCAACCUGGAAUCCACGUACAAUCCGAUCAGGUGUAUUAUCUUGACUCAUCACAUGUCAAGGCAACAUUAGGUCUCUCUCUUCGAUCUUUUGAAGAAACCUUUCGUGAUACCUUCCUGAAUUGCUUAGAAAUUCAUAAGCUUCAACCUCACGUGAAUCCCGAGAAAGUUUGA